AUGCAUGCAGCUAUUGUCAAACUGAUCCAGAUACAGCGGAACUCCAACAUCGAGUCCAACAUCGAGUCCAACAUCGAGUCCAACAUCGAGUCCAACAUCGAGUCCAACAUCGAGUCCAACAUCGAGUCCAACAUCGAGUCCAACAUCGAGUCCAACAUCGAGUCCAACAUCGAGUCCAACAUCGAGUCCAACAUCGAGUCCAACAUCGAGUCCAACAUCGAGUCCAACAUCGAGUCCAACAUCGAGUCCAACAUCGAGUCCAACAUCGAGUCCAACAUCGAGUCCAACAUCGAGUCCAACAUCGAGUCCAACAUCGAGUCCAACAUCGAGUCCAACAUCGAGUCCAACAUCGAGUCCAACAUCGAGUCCAACAUCGAGUCCAACAUCGAGUCCAACAUCGAGUCCAACAUCGAGUCCAACAUCGAGUCCAACAUCGAGUCCAACAUCGAGUCCAACAUCGAGUCCAACAUCGAGUCCAACAUCGAGUCCAACAUCGAGUCCAACAUCGAGUCCAACAUCGAGUCCAACAUCGAGUCCAACAUCGAGUCCAACAUCGAGUCCAACAUCGAGUCCAACAUCGAGUCCAACAUCGACUACUGCAGAAGUUGA